AUGAAGAAAAAGCAGAGUAUUGAGUUUUCGUAUGCAAAAUGUAGUUCAAAAGAAGAAGUAGAUUAUCUUGUUCGUUUAAAAGCAUCACUUGAGGCUGUCAAAUAUCUUGUUAGAGGCGGAUUGGCAUUUAGGGCACAUAAUGAGGGUGAAAAUUCUAUUUAUAAGGGUCAUUUCCUAGAAUUUGUAGAAGCCUUGGGAAGAAAUAGUGAGAAAAUAGCUGCAGCAAUAACAAGUGGUGGGGGAAAUUGUAAGAUGACUUCUCCUAUUAUUCAAAAAGAACUUGCAAAUGCAUGUGCGGUUGAAACUAUUAAGAAGAUAGUUGGAGAAAUUGGAGAUGGUUUCUUUUGUGUUCUUGUUGAUGAAUCUGGUGAUUGCUCUGGUAAAGAACAAAUGGCUGUUGUAGUGCGGUUUGUUGAUGUUAGAGGUUUUGUUGUAGAAAGAUUUAUCGGCAUUGUUCAUGUUGAGGAUACAAGUGCGAUAUCGCUUAAAGGGGCUCUUGAAUGUUUGUUGUCGGGGUUUGGGUUAUGUAUAUCUAAAAUUCGAGGUCAAGGGUAUGAUGGAGCAAGUAAUAUGCGUGGUCAAUUUGGAGGUUUGAAGACUUUGAUUCAAAAGCAAAAUCCGCAAGCCUAUUAUGUCCAUUGUUUUGCUCAUCAACUUCAAUUGGCUCUUGUUUCAAUGGCGAGAAAGCAUGAAGAUGUUGAUUGGUUUUUUUGUGAAGUGUCUCGUAUUGUCACUUUCUUACGGUCAUCUAACAAAAGACAAGCUCUACUUCGGAAUAAACAAGUUGCUCAUUUUGCAAAUCUAAUUGAAAAAGAAUUGGUGGAAACUGGUACUGGUUUAAAUCAAGAGUUGUCCAUUGCAAGAGCGGGUGAUACACGUUGGGGAUCUCACUUUCGAACUCUUAACAGGUUAGUUGAUUUGUUUACUCCUAUUGUUGAAGUGUUCGAAGAUUUGAAAAGUGAUAGUCAUUCUAAGGGUGAACCAAAAAGUUUGUUACUUGUUAUGCAAACUUUUAGUUUUGUGUUUAUGUUGCACUUAAUGGUUGAGAUUUUAUCUUUGACAAAUAAUUUGUCACAAUCAUUGCAAAAGGGGGAUCAAGAUAUUGUGCAUGCCAUGGAACUUGUCCAAAUAUGCAAGAAAAAGUUGCAAGAAUUUAGAGAUGAUGGAUGGGAAACACUUUAUGAGCAAGUUGUGGCUUCUUGUGGUAAUGUUGAAAUUGAUGUGCCUGACAUGGAGUCUCGGUAUGUGAAAGAUAAGAAAUCCAAACGACUUGAUCCUUUUGUUACAAAUUUUCAUUAUUUCAAGAAUGAUUGCUUCUUACAUGUCAUAGAUGUGGUAUUGAAAGAGUUGAAUGAUCGGUUUACACCUGAAAAUAUUGAGUUGAUCAAUUGUGUUGCUUGCUUGAGUCCUUGUUAUUCAUUUGAAUCAUUUGACGUUAAAUCACUUGUGAGAUUGGCAAGAUUGUACCCAAAUGACUUUGAGGAUCUUACUGAUAAGGAAUUGUCUAGUGAAUUGGAGACUUAUAUUGAGAGUGUCAAGAUGGACGAUCACUUUUCCAAUUUGACUGGCAUCUUGGAACUUUGUAGGACUCUGGUUCGAACAAAGAAGCAUAAGACAUUUAGGUUUGUGUACACACUUGUCAAACUAGCUUUGUCCUUACCGGUUGCCACUGCAAGUGUUGAGCGAGUAUUCUCGGGGAUGAAAUAUGUUAAGAAUGAGUUGCGAAGUAGAAUGGCUAAUCCAUGGCUAAAUGAUUGCUUAGUGACAUUUGUGGAGAAAGAGGUGUUUAAUACAAUCGAUGAUAUGGAUAUCAUCAAACGUUUCCAAGGAAUGAACAAGAGAAGAAUGCAUUUACGAUUAGACUAG